AUGCUAGAAUUCAGGAAGAAAACAGCCAGAAUCAGUGGCAGACCAAAAGCCAAGUUCAAAUACACAUUCCCCGGGGCCCGCGGUGCAUACCCAGAAUCACUGCACAGUUGCUUUAGGUGCUGCUCUACCGCGCUCCCUGGCUCAUCUGUUUCAGGUUAUACAGCCUCUUCUCCGUCAGUUGCCCCAGUUUGCCCACUCCACACGUUUACAAAUGACUCAAAGUGCCCCCUGCUACCGAAAGUCCCAGCUCCUGACACCCCCGCGUCCGUCCACGCACUUACGUGUCCGCACACAUACACACACACGCACACACACGUGUUCACACACACCCUCGCCCCGGCUCCGCCCCUCAGGCUGACUCGGGCCAGGAGGGCCGGGCACGGCCUCCGCGAGGUGGGUGGUGCCGGGCGCCGCGGCCCCACCCGCGCUGUCAGCUUGGAAGCUGAGCCCCGCGUCCUCAGUGCAAAGUCCUCCCGGCCGCCGGGGUUCCCCAAAACGCGGAGGCCUAGCCGGCUCCCAUUACGCGGGGAAGCGUCCGCGUUCCUCACCGCGAGGAGUCACCGGAGCCCCCGAAUUCAAAUAGGGGCAGGCGAGGAGGAAGGGGAGGAUCCUCUUUUGGACUUUCUGCGUCGCAAUUCCUCCAGACAAACAUCACUUGGUAAAUUUAAAGAGAGACAAACUUCUGGUAUCUCAGAUCAAACGUGUGGGAAAAAAGCAUGUUGGCCACAACAUUCUGACUUGAGGUAUACUUUUGAAGAAUUAAGUGUCUUCACCUCUGGGAAAGGAAAGGAUUAUUUGACAGGUCCCAAAAUUUGUACCCUUGGAAGUAGCAUCCAGCCUACCACUAUGACUACACUGACUAAACAAGUCCUUGGAGCAAUACGGCAAAUGUCGGUUCCUGUGUGACUGCAUAGUGUAUAAAUGUUUUAACUGCGAAAAAUGAGCAAUACAUAGUUCUUGUUGCAAUUUUUCUCUAUCCUAGCAGAAGCAUCUUCAAUGUGUUAUCUUGGUUGACUUCUCUCAUUUUUACUAAAUAAACCUACACCUUUAGCAUACUCCAGAAGAAACAAGGAAUCAGAGGGGUUCUAUCUGUAAAGUUGAUAUAUAACAUAAUAUACCUUAAUAUAAAUCUGUAAAAAAAUAAAAUAGUAUUGUUUGUAUUUCUAAACUUUAUGGCUACCCUUUAUAUAAAGGGAAACUGAUAACUGGUAUUUAACUUUCCAUUGGUCUUCAGUAUUUUGUUUUCAUCCUACAUGUAGGUAAAAGUAAAAGCCCAGUAAAAUCAGCCAUUAUAUUUACUUUUAAAUGGUUGACCAACAAGUUGUUCUUACCUUAUAGAUACUUAAGACACCAUAGUAUCUUAUAGAUAUUAUAGCUAAUUCUGUUUCCCUCUUUCCAUUGGCUUUUGAAAGCCUGGAACAAAAUGUAUGUCCCAUCUAUAGAGAAUCUUACUGUGUGCAUUUUGAGAAGUAACCUCAUUUCAAGGUUCAUUUUAACUUUCCUCUGUCAUUUUCCUCGUGUACUCAUUUAUUUUCCCACCUACUUAAAGAAAAAAACAAACUUGUUUUUCUCUUCAUAAAUGUAAUAGAUAUUCGCUAUGUAAGAUGUAUAAAAUACGUAUAAGAAAAAAGAAGAAAAUAAAAGUGAUCAGUCCAGUGCUCGCUUGGGCAGCACAGAUACUAAAAUUGGAACGAUACAGAGAAGAUUAGCAUGGCCCCUGCGCAAGUAUGACACACAGAUUCAUGAAGCUUCCAUAUUUUAAAAAAUAAGAAGGAAAGAUCAGUCCAUUCACCACCAUUUUUAGUUCUUACUAUCUUGUUUAUCCUUUUCUGUUGCAUAUAUAUGCAUUUCUAAAAGUGGAUCAUUUUAUACAUAAUAUUUUACACUGCUUUAUGAACUGAACAAUAUAUUUAACAUCUUCAAUAAAAUUAAAUACUAUUCUAUAA